ACUACGUCCGUAUCCGGUUCCUGUAUUUUCAUGUUGUGUUCGGUUGUGUUCUACAGUUUUGGCUGGAGUGCUACAGCUUUACCGUGAAGAACCUGCUUCGCUCCGGUUUGGAGUGGGAGGCAAAAAUGGCGUCAGUUCUGCAGCAAAUGUUGGAGCGGGCCGAGAUCACCAAACUUCCCAAAACCGUCCAAAAUAAACUCGAGAAGUUUCUCUCUGAUCAACAGUCUGAAAUAGAUUCUCUCAAAUCUCAACAUGAGCGGUUCAAAGUAGACAGCGAACAACAGUACUUUGAACUUGAGAAACGUCUGGCGCACACCCAGGAACAACUUUUGUCGCAGACCCAGGACCACCACAAACUCAAAGAGGAGAACAGCUCACUCAAUGAAGAACUGACCAGUCUGAAAAGCAAGAACAAAGAGCAUGAGACCUCUGAGGAGAAACUUUCUUCACAGCAGACUGAUCUAUCCAAAGCUAAAUAUGAGCUUGAAGCAGAAAAACGUGAACUGGUCCGAACACUGGAGAAAAAAUCGCAGGAAGUGGAGCACCUUAGCGAGGACCUGAAACGCCUCAGUGACAAACUGUUGGAGACCAACACGGCCAAAAUGGAGCUUCAGUUGAAACUGGAUGAGAUCCAGUCGGCCGAGGUCUCUGUUAAGUAUCGCGAGAAGAGGCUGGAGGAAGAGAAAGACCUCCUUCAGAAACAGACAACAUGGCUAAAUGCAGAGCUGAAGGCUAAAACUGAGGAGCUUAUCUCUGUUUCCCGGGAGAAGGGCAACGAGAUCCUAGAGCUGAAAUGCAACCUGGAGAACAAGAAGGAUGAGGCAACAAGGCUCCAGGACGAAGUCAACAGCCUGAAAAAAUCCAAUGAGAACUUCCAGAAGCAGGUGGAAGACUCCAUGAAGAAGCUGAAAGAGGGGAAAGACCGGCAGUCUGUUAUGGAGGAAAAGUUCCGCAAUGAGCUGAAUGCCAAUGUAAAGCUUGCCAACUUGUACAAGGGUGCAGCUGCCGAAGCAGAGUCGAAGGUUGUGGAGCUGAACAGGGCCGUGGAGGAGCUGCACAGACUGCUGAAGGAGUCAGGAGAGGCCAACAAAGCCACUGAGUCACGACUGGCGGAGAUGACCAGCUCAAAGGAGGAGGUGGAGGCGGAGCUGAAGGAGAAAGUCCGAACCAUGCAGAAAGAGCUGGACAACGCAAAGGUGAUGCUCUCCGACUCCAACCGGAGAGGAGUCGCUGUCCUUACGGAGGAAGAGCUGACCGACCUGUCCCCGACCGCGGCAGCCGUGGCUAAGAUCGUGAAGCCUGGGAUGAAACUAACAGAGCUGUACAAUGCCUUUGUGGAGGCCCAGGACCAGCUGCAGCUGGAGCGGCUGGAGAACAAGCGGGUGAACCGGUACCUGGACGAGAUCGUGCGGGAGGUGGAGACCAUGUCGCCCGUGCUGAAGAGGCAGCGCGAGGAGUACGAGCGCAUGCAGGGGUCCAUGACCAGCCUCUCCACCAAGCUGGAGCAGGCCAUGAAGGAGAUGCACCGCCUGCAGAAGGAGGCGGACGAAGCCAACAAGCGUUCCUCGACCCUGGAGAGGGAGAACCAGAAGUACGAGCUGCAGCUUUCUGACCAAGCGCAACAGAUCCGUGUGCUGCUCCUGGAGCUGGAGGAGGCCCGAGGGAGCCGCGUGGUCCGUGAGGGCGAGCGCGAGGACGUCAGCUCCGCCCACAUCAGCAGCAGCUCGGAGGCGACCCCCCAGCGUCUGAUCACCUUCCGCAGCGUGGAGGAGCUGCAGCAGCAGAACCAGAGCCUCCUGCUGGCCCUCAGGGAGCAGAAGGAGGCGCACGAGAAGGAGAAGGCCGCGUCCACCUUGUCCAGCAACGUGGAGCUGGAGAAGAGCUUGGAGGCGACGCGGACCGAGCUGACGCAGCUGCGGGAGCAGCGCAGUCACCAGGCGCAGCUGGCCGAGUCUGCCGCCAGGCAGCGCGACAUGUACCGCAUCCUGCUAUCCCAGACCACCGGCGUCAGCCUCCCCGGCCUCGAUGGGGCGGGCCCUGUGGGCUCCUCCCCGGGCUCCGCCUCUCGCCCGUCCCCGGGGGCCGUUCCCGCCCGGACCAUGCCCCCGCGGGCCGCCGCCGCCGGGUCGAGAGAGGCCGUGGAAUCCAGGGCCGCGCUCAGACAGCUGCAAGAGGCCUUCAACACUUACAAGAAAGAGAAGUCAGAGAAUGACAAGAUUCUCGACGAGCAGAACGAGAAGCUCCAGAAGCAGGUCUCCGAAUUCCGCUCCCAGAAUGCAAAGCUCUCCACCCAGCUGGACUUUGCUGCCAAACGGUACGCGAUGCUGCAGGACAAUAUGGAGGGCUACCGGAGGGAGAUUGCAUCCCUGAGGGAGAAGAGCCAGAAGAUGGGAGCCACUAGCCAGAAGCAGGAGCAAAUCAUCCACACCAUGACACAGGACCUGCGGGCAGCCAAUGAGAAGCUGGCUCUGGCUGAGGUCCGAGGGGAGAACCUGAAGAAGGAGAAGGACAUGCUGAAGAUGGCGGAGUCUAGGCUGAACCAGGAGAAGGAGUCCAUCAUGACCGAGCAGCGAAGCCAGAACUUACUGCUGACCAACCUGAAAGCCAUCCAGCUGACUCUGGAGCGCUCGGAGGCCGAGACCAAGCAGCGGCUGAGCAGCCAGAUCGAGCGGCAGGAGCGGGAGAUCGUGGCGCUGAAGAAGAAGCUGGAGCAGGAAGUGGAGCAGAGGCACGCGCUGGGCCGCAACCAAGACACUCAGCUGCUGAAUGUGAGGAGGCAGCUGGAGACCCAGAAUGCAUUGCUCCAGAAGACCAAGGACCUGCUGAAGACCACAGAGCAGCAGAACGCCACCCUGAGGCAGCAGCUCAACAGCGCCGAGAACCAGGCGGUGCCAAGGCCGGCCAACGCCCCCACCGGCCCCAGAGGAGCACGCUCAGUGGCGGCAGAUGACGUGGAGGAUCUGCGUUCCCGCCUGCGGCAGGCGGAGGAGCAGAACGGGGACCUCCGGGAGCGGCUGAGCAGCGCCACCAAGAACGUGGAGCAGUACCGGGCCAUGGUGCUCACCCUGGAGGAGUCCCUCAGCAAGGAGAAGCAGGCAACGGAGCAGAACCGCUCCUCCAUCGAGGCCAGGCUGAAGGAGGCCCAGGAGUACCACAAGCAGCUGGAGCAGAAGCUGAUGGAGGCGGAGAAGGAGAAGCAGGGCCUGGAGGAGGAGAAGCGCAAGGCCGUGGAGAACAUUGAGAAGCAGGUGAACGAGCUGAAGAAGAACCUGAGGAACAUCCAAACGGAGCUCCAGGACGCCGUCCAGAAGGCGGCAGCUGCAGUGACCCAGGAGCAGCAGGCCACUCAGGACAGCCAGCAGCAGAUUAAGCUGGCGGCGGAGGCCCAGAACAAGUAUGAGAGGGAGCUGAUGCUGCACGCGGCCGACGUGGAGGCCCUGCAGGCCGCCAAGAAGCAGGUGCUCCAGGUCUCGCAGAACCGGCAGCAGCUGGAGGAGAGGGCGCGGAAGGCCGAGGCGCAGCUCCAGGAAGGCCGCACCUCCUGGGAGCAGCAGGAGAAGAAGCUCAAGGAGGAAGCCAACAAGCUGAAGGCCCGCGCAGAGGGCCUGCAGAGGCAGAACACCAUGCUCCACCAGCAGAUCGAGAACCUCCAAAAGAAGAUUACCUCGUCCCUGCAGCAGCAGGCCACCAAAGACUGCCCCCCGGGCACCUCCCUGAGCGAGGAGGGCAAGUCGCACGAGCAGAUACUGGAGAUCCUCAGAUUCGUUCGGCGGGAGAAGGAGAUCGCGGAGGCCAAGUUCGAGGUGGCCCGGGUGGAGAGCCUGCGGUACAAGCAGAGGGUGGAGUACCUUGAGAAGGAGCUGAAGGACAUGCAGGAGAGUCUGAACUCUGAACGCGAGAAGCUGCAGGUGACCACAAAAGCUUUGGCCCAGCGCGACCAGCUGAUGAAGAAGACUGAAAACAUGAACGUCUUGACGGAGACGAACAAGAUGCUGCGGGAGGAGAAGGAGAGGCUGGUGCAGGAGCUGCAGCAGACACAGGCUAAGGUGCGUAAGCUGGAGGCGGACAUCACGCCCCUGCAGGAGUCCAACGGCGAGCUGAGCGAGAAGAGCGGCAUGCUGCAGGCCGAGAAGAAGCUCCUGGAGGAGGACAUCAAGCGCUGGAAGACCAGAGCUCAGCACCUGGUGAGUCAGCAGAAGGACAGUGAGACGGAGGAGCAGAAGAAGCUCAUCUCGGAGAAGGAGGCGCAUCUGAAACGCAUCCAGCAGCUGACCGAGGAGACGGCCAGACUGAAGGCUGAGACCGCCAGGACCCAGGCCUCCAUGACCACGGUGCAAAGCCAGCUGCAGAACCUGCAGGAGAACCUGGGAAAGGUCACCACAGAGAGGGAAAAACUCAAGAAGGACGUGGAAGCCAAGGCUCUGGACAUCCAGGAGAAGGCCAAGACCAUAACACAAGUCAAGAAGAUCGGCCGCCGCUACAAGACGCAGUACGAGGAGCUCAAAGUGCAGCACGACAAGCUGGUGGCGGAAGCCGCUGCCAAGCCAGCGCAGGAGCAGGAGGCGCAGCAGGCCUCCGCCCAGGAGAUCCAGGCUCUGAAGACCUCCCUUAGCCAGGCCGAGGCCCGGACCAAAGACCUGGAGAGCCAGGUGGAGAACCUACAGAAGACCGCGGGGGAGCGGGAGGCGCAGGUGAGGAGUCUCCAGGAGCAGGUGAACAAGGCUCAGCCGGAGCUGACCCGCCUCAGACAGGAGCUUCAGGAGAAGUCGGCGCAGGAGGAGCAGCUCCGCCAGCAAAUGGCAGAGAAGGAGGAGAAGACCAAAAAAGCCUUCCUGGGGGCCAAGCAGAAGAUCAACCAGCUCAACGGUGUGAAGGAGCAGCUGACGCAGGAGUGCGAGGAGCUGAAGCAGCAGAGGGAGGAGCUGGAGGUGCGGCUGAGCGCGCUCAAGUCGCAGUACGAGGGCCGUCUCUGCCGGCAGGAGCGCGAGCUGCGUGACCUCCGGGAGCAGCAGGAGCGGCACGGCGAGCAGCGGGACGAGCCCCCGGAGCAGGGCCCCAGCAAGACUCAGGAGCAGCAGAGGCCAGCAGAACAGAGGCAGAUGACCAUUAAGACCAUGCCAGCAGCUGACAGGAGCAGCGCGAGCGCUUCAGAGCCCCCGACCGCCAACAUAAAGCCCACCCCCGUGGCAGCAACGCCCAGCAAGCCUCCGGCCAUCCCCGGGAACAAGUCCACCCCCAGGGCCAGCAUCCGGCCAAUGAUCACGCCGGCCACCGUCACCACGGCCACGCCCACCGCCACCGUCAUGCCCACCACCCAGGCGGAGGCACAGGAAGCGGGCCAGUCUGCCGAGGGCCCAGUGGAGCACGUGAUGGUGUUCGGCAGCGCCAGCGGCUCGGUUCGCUCCACCAGCCCCAACGUCCAGACCGCGCUGCCGCAGCCAAUGCUGACCCAGGCCACCGCUUUCGUCCAGCCCACCCAGCAGCAGAGCCUGCCCCCCGCCGCCGAGCCGGCCAAUCAGGAGCCGCCGCCGGGCGCCAUGGAGACGGUGCCCGGCAACCAGGUGGAGAGACCCUCCACGUCGUCGGCGGUCUUCAGCACAGCUGCGCCGGGUUCCUCUGUGCCCAAGAGGUCUCGCGAGGAGGAGCAGGAAGGCACCGGGGAGGCGGAGGCCCCGGAGGACCCCGCUGACGCGCCCAUUCCCAAAAAGAUACGCGUCACCCAGAGCGCCGUUUUGACUCUGGAGGUCCAGGAGGACGCGGCUGCAGACGAUGGCCCCGACGUCGAGGCGGAAGCUCCUCUCGAGAGCCAGGAAGCCCCGGACGCCAGCCAGCUCUCGGACGACGAGGAGUACCCCGUUCUGAUCGACGGCGACGACGUGUCCCAGUCGGUCCCCGCCGAGUCGUCCGAGUCCCGCCUGAGCGAGCAGAACUCGCCCGAGAGCCGGCAGCACAGCGUCAUCGUCAUCGAGACCGACAGCGAGAGCGAGGAGGAAGAGGAGGAGGAGGACGAGGAGGAGGAGGGAGCUGAGCAGGAGUACCCGGAGGAAGAGGAUGAGGACGAGGACGAAGACGAUGACACGGGGAUGGGGGAACAGGCGGAGGAAAGCAACGAGGGGAGCGGGAGCGGGGACGGCGACGAGCCGUACGACAGGGACGCCGCCGAGGGACCCGGGGCCACCGACCCCGGCGCCGAAAACGAGGGGAGCGCGGGGCCCUCCGACUCUGGCCUGAAGCAGCCGGACUCCCAGAACGCCGGGGAGGGGAGCGUCGGCCCCGCGGAGUCCUCCUCCACCGACCCGCCGAGGGAGCAGCAGCCGCCUCCCAGCACCGCCGCCCUCGACCGGCAGGCCCCCCGCCUGCCGCAGUCGCCACGGAGGCCGCCUCACACCCUGCCCCCCCGGCUCUACAUCCAGCCCCCGGCCCAGGAGCUGGGGCCGCCGCCGACUCAGCGACAGUCUGCGCCGAUGCGUCGCCAGUCCGUCGGCAGGGGGCCCCAACUCACGCCCGGAAUCGGCAGCAUGCAACACUUUUUCGAUGACGACGAUAGGAUGGUGCCCAGCACGCCCACGCUGGUGGUGCCACACCGUACCGACGGCUUCGCCGAGGCCAUCCACUCGCCUCAGGUGGCCGGUGUUCCCCGGUUCCGGUUCGGCCCACCGGAGGACAUGCCCCAGGCCAGUUCCUCCCACUCUGACCUGGGCCAGCUGGCGUCGCAAGGUGGUCUGGGAAUGUACGAGAGCCCACUGUUCCUCGCCGCGCAUGACGAGGAGUCCGGAGGGCGGAGCGUUCCUACCACGCCCCUCCAGAUUGCUGCCCCAGUGUCCGUCUUCAGCGAGAGCCACCCCUCUGACGUGUCAGAGACUGCCUCUCAGUCCGUUCCUAUGGUGACCACGUCCACGGUGGGCUUAUCAGUGCCUGGGGAGGCCGUCCCCGGUGACGACGGCGACGAGGUCUUCAUGGAAGCGGAGAGCGAAGGGGCCAGUGCUGAGGCCUCGCUCGACAGCCAGCCUGAGGUUGAGUCAGCCCAGCCUUCUGAUGAGGCCAGUCUCCCUUCCACCAGCCAGGAACCCACAUCCAGCUCUGCAGAUAGCAGCGGCGCACCCAAACCUGCCAGCCGGCCUCUGGCUCAACACCAGCUCCCCAUUCGCCCGCCCAUCAGGGGGAGACAGAUUGUCAGGCGAGGAAUUGGCUUCACAAGGGCAGGACGAGGCCCCUUUUCCAGAGGGAACAUGCGUUAAGUGAAACCCACCAACAUGUCCAAUCGUCCUUUCUAAGGCUGAAUAAAUGUGUUUUUAAGUUCAGAUUUUUUUUGUUGUAAACAGAUUGCCCGAUUAUGCUGAAAAGAUGCUUUUAUCGAGUGCUUGUGAGCGACGCUACAGAAGCGGCAUUUCGUUUUGUUAAUAAAAGUUCAGAAACUUG